AUGGAGUACGAAGAAGGUAACAACGGUCCACCACCCCCUCCUCCCAAUUAUGCUGAGCUUCUACGACAGCUGGAGGAGUUGCGUCAACAGGUCAACCGUGGACCACCUGUGCCUGUGCAGAAUCAAUAUGUAUACCAAGGCCAGGCAAAUCCAACUGUUCAUAGCAACAUCGCGGCUAAUACUUUUGAGCUGAAAAGAGGACUAAUCCAGAUGGCGGAGAACAUUGCUUUUAGGGGCAAAUCCACUGACGACCCUAACAAGCAUAUCACCAAGUUCAUCCAGAUUUGCAACACAACAAAGAUGAAUGGAGUUACAGAUGAGCAGGUUCGACUAAGGCUGUUUCCUUUCUCAUUAGAGGAUUCAACAAAGGAUUGGUUGGAGAGUUUGGAGCCAGGAUCGAUUAGAACAUGGGAUGCUAUGGUGGAAAAUUUUUUGGAGAAAUUCUACCCCCCUAGUGAAGCUAUAAAGAGGCAACACGAGAUCAUUGCCUUUCAGAUGGCUCCUGCAGAGAAUAUCAGAGACGCAUGGGGGAGGUUUAAAUCUUUGAUGAAACGGUGUCCCAACCAUGGGUUAACCCCGACAGUUCAAGUCAUUACAUUUUUCAAGGGAUGCGUGCCUGAAGCACAACGGGAGUUGAACUUGAGCUCAGGCGGUAAUUUUCUCAAGAAAGGAGUGAAUGAAGCCAUGGAAGUGAUUGAGGAGCUCGCAUCUAAUGACGAAGGAUGGAGCAACGACAGGAGUAAGGUGCAUAGGGUGGCUUCUACUACAGAUCAUGAUCCUAUGAGCGCCCUAUCCGACAAGUUGGAUGCGCUGACCAUGAAAUUCGACUGUAUAGCAAUGGGGCAACCGUCUCAAGAACCCCAAGGAAAAAUGGGGGACGUGAACUAUGUGAAUCAAGGGGACAACAACCGGUACUUCAAUAAUCACCGCCCCAACUUUCAGGGUGGAGGAUAUAAUCAGUUCGGGAACAAAUGGCAUCCCAAUCUCUCUUAUGGAAACCCAAAUAAUGCUCUGCAACCACCCCCGGGUUCACAGUUACUGAUGGAGUGGUUAAUGAUCCGAAGAAGAUGA